AAUAUUUGGACAUUUGAAGCUACCAUAGUUGAAAUCCGACGACGAGCAAAUUCUCACAACUAAAAUGGCUCGGAAACUCGCAUUUUCGCACUUUAUAAUGGUGUUUGCCAUUGCCAAUAUUGUGGAAGCAGAGAAAUACAGUCGGAAUGCGAAUCGUGUGGAUAAAUUGGAUCUUGAUGACAUUGACAAGUCUUCGAUGAUGGGAAGAGAAUUUAGAUCUCGACAAGUCAUUCAAGUUUGGCAGAAGGCCGAUCGUAUGAAUCUUGCACAGAACAAAAUGAAGGAUCUUCACCGGGAGUUGCUACGUAUUGACGGAAUGUACCAUAAACUAAAGAAAGAAGCCUCUGUCAAGAAUCAAGAUAAUAGAAUUAACAGAGGAGGUCUAGAAGAACCAGAUAUGGCAAUACAGAAACAGCUUAGGGAUGUCAUGCAAAAGUACGGUAUGGAUGGUACAACAGGCCGUGAGAGGAGGAUGAAGUUUGACAGUGACACCCCGUUUGAAGACCGCAAGGUUGCCCAACUCUGGCUAAAGGCACAGAAAAGUAACCAAUUCACCAAGGAAGAACUUGAGGAGCUGAAGGAAGAACUGUCCAAACAUGAAGAGAAACAGAAGUCGUUUGACAAGUUAAUGACAGAAAUUCAUGGAGAAGAUGGUACCAGGGCUAACUCUGCAGACCGCUUUGGGAACAAGAAUCCAGAGGAGGUGCGUCAGCUGCGGAUCAAAGAGAUGGAGUUGAAGCUACAGCAUCGUGAGAUUGCCAAGGAGUUUGAGAAGAUCUCAGUGAAGACAAUGCCCGAGGAAGAGAGAGGUCCAUUCACAGAGAGGCGUGUCAUUACACUCUGGCAAGAAGCAAAGAAACAAGACUUCUCCACCGAAGAUCUGGAGGCAAUCAUGAUGGAGUUGAAAGAAUUUGAGGAGAAGAUUGAGGAGCACGAUAAAGCCCACCGAGCCUCGUUGAGUGCUGAGAUCAAACACAGAUCAGACUUCAAGAAACCUGUUGAUAAGCUGAAGACCAAUGAACAGAAGAGCCUCUAUGAUAGAGCUAAGGAGAUGGGUAUUGAUAUCCACCAUACCAUGAAAAACCUUCGUCAUCGGAUCUCGCAGGGAGGCAAGUGGAAUGAGGAACUCUAAGAGAUCCUAGGCCUCCAAUCUAAAUGAGGCUCUUCACCAAAGUGCAUAUGUCUUCAAAAAAACUUAAGUCUUUCAUGAAAAAAUGUUUUUGUUUUCACACAUAGUUCAAGGCCCCAUCUUACAAAGAGUUGUGAU